AUGUCGGCGUCCAAGACCGCUCCGGCACAACCGUCGCAACCCUCGCGUAAAGGGAAGAAGGCAUGGCGCAAAAACGUCGACAUCACCGCCGUGCAAGCCGGCCUCGAGACUCUACGUGAAGAAAUCAUUCAACAUGGACGACCCCUUGCUGAAAAGGCGCAAAGUGAACUCUUCGCGCUGGAUACUAUCGGGUCCUCGAAGGAAGCAGUAUCAAGGAAAGCGAAGGAUGGCCACAAGAUUAAAGUGCUAAAGAUGGAUGAGAUCCUGGGGAGGCGGAGUGCGGUGCCUGCGCUUCCAGGUGGGAGAAAGCGGCCUGUUGACGCUAGAGUUACGGAUGGGCUGGUUGGGACCAAGAGGCAGAAAACAGACUGGGUUAGCAAGAAGGAACUUGCUCGACUACGGAAUAAGUUGGACAAGCCAUCGCAUCUCGACCUGGAGGAUAUCCACGGCGAGCCAUCGAAUUUCGAUCUAUGGGACACGACCAAUAACGCCGUCAAACCUGCCUCCACUUCGGCUUUGGCUUCUUCAGAGGAAGAGCAAGGAAACGAAUAUAUCCGGAAACCCAAGCCGAAGAUCGCACCCCCAACCAUUCGGCGUCCACCUGUCGCCCUAACACAAAACGGGCUUCCCACUCUCGCCGUGCCCACCCCAGAUGCCGGGCAUUCAUACAACCCCUCUUUUGAGGACUGGGACAGUUUGCUCACUCGCGAAGGGGAGCUUGAAAUUCAGGCUGAGCAAAAACGCCUCGCCGAAGCACAACUGGCCGCUGAAAAGCAGGCGCGUAUAGACGCUUUGGCCGCACAACCAGAGCGCCAACCAGGCGAUGACAGAGAAAGCGAAUGGGAAGGCUUUGAGACGGAGACCGAAAUCACCGAAUCAGAAAUGAAAAAACGAAAACGACCCGAACGCAAGACUCCCGCACAGAGGAACAAACUGAAACGGCGCAAAGAGGCGGAACGGCUAGCCAAGCACGAAGCGAGAAUGGGUGCUCAACAAAAACGAGGCGAAGAGGUCAUCAAAGCCCUCAUCACCCGACAAGAGAAGGAGGAGCAAGGCGCCAUACAAGCCGCAGAGCCUUCGUCGGCAAUAUUCGCGUUGCGGCGGAGGACGACACUCGGACCCUCCCGCGCUAGCAUUAUCCCACCCCGAUUAGAACUCGUCCUUCCAGAUGAGUUACAAGACUCCCUUCGCCGCCUCAAACCGGAGGGGAACUUGUUGGAGGACCGUUUCCGCAACCUGCUGGUCAAUGGGAAAUUGGAAGCUCGAAAACCUGUCUCCUACGCCGUGAGUCGGAAGAAGCAAGUCAAGUUCACGGAGAAAUGGUGGAGUAAGGAUUUUGCAAUUGGAGCUUGA